AUGUCGACUUCACAAUCCCUCUCCGGACGAAAAUCCCCGCGGAAACAUGCAGAAGAAAAAGAACAGACGACGAAGAAGAGAAGCAAAACCAAUCAAUUGGCUUCUUCGCCGGCACAGAGCAACCCGAUCUGGGACAAGGAAGACGAGCUCGCUCUGUUAAAGGGAUUAGUGGAUUAUCAAGCUAAAUCAGGACUCCAAUCAGACGUUGAUUCCGAUGCUUUUCGUCGAUUCAUCGGAGAUUCCAUUACCGCAAAAUUCUCUAAAGAGCAGAUACAGAGUAAGAUCGGAGACUUGAAAGAGAGAUUCUUUACUCGCGUGGAGAAGAUCAGUCCAGGAGAAGAUCCGACCUUUAGUGACGAUGAAGAAGCUUUUGGAUAUUCCAACAAGAUUUGGGGCCAAGAUGAUUCUGAUUUUGCUGAUGAGCAGAUCAAGAACGUCGUCGUUGAUAAUGUCAAACCUUCAAAUGCGGCGGCAGCAGAAACUGAAUCGGCAACGGAAACAGAAACUGAAACUGAAUCUGAAUCGGAAACUGAAUCGAGUGAGGGUGAUAAUGAGAUUGGUGAUGCUGAUGAGUGGUUGCGGGAUGCAUUUGAGACGUUGGUGUCGCGAGGUUGGAGUGAUUAUCAGAAGAAGCCUUAUCUUGAGAAGUUGAUGAGACUUGAAACCAGAAAAAGAAAGGAGUUGAGCGAUGAAUGGAAGGCGUUGUGCUCUGAGGAAUCGAAAUGGAUGAUCAAGAAGGUUAGGUUAACCGCAAAACUUGUGGAGUUUGCAAAUUUCAAGUGA